AACAUUUUACUCUGAAUCUUUCGCUCUCUCUCUCUCUCCUUCUCAAUGCUUGGAUUCAGUUUGGAUUAAGUGAGAAGGACGAAGUGUGUGUGACAGUUGGCUAACGGUACAGUAAAGCCAAAGCAGCAUGAAAGCUUCUAGACAAGCAAACAAGAAGGUGAUCAAGGUUCCUAUAGAGUGCAGGGGAUGUAUAGGAAGUAGCAUGAGAGAACAGAAAUCUACAAGGAGAACUACUCGGCACAGCCACAAAGCAACAGGGAAAGGUGGCAAUUUCUUGGUUGAAAAAGAUGAGUGUUUAUCACCUUACAGUGCAGCUGAUGGUAUGUGUCUGGAGCUUCCUGACAGAGGUGUGCAAUCUUCAGAAACAACAAAGAGGCUGCCUGUUAUUGAUUUUUGUCAAGGGCAAACACUUCUCCCUCAUUCAAAGAUCAAGUUGCAGCUUUUCCCUGUAAAUGAAGGCACCCGCAUAGGAUUGGAAAAGGAUGGACAUCAUCCAUAUUUAGAACUCAUUCUUAGAGCACGGAAGAAGAUUUCUUCUGUGCUAAAGCAUCUUAAUGGAAAGUGGGGCAGUUCAAGUGUUGCUCUUGGUGAGCCAGCUCUAUUCCCAUAUAAGAUACAGGACAUUAUGUCUAGUAACAGAAGAUGGACAAUGAAUGAUGGUGACAUUAGUGCAGGAGCUAUCUAUGCAGCUAUUGGAAGCCCUGAAGUUUUUCGCUUAAGGUAUGGCUGGUUCUCUACUGAACCUAAAACCGCCGCUGAACCUUCUACAUCAGCCGCAGAG